GGAUAAAAAGAAGAGCUGCGCAAUGACAACAGUAGACCAGAAAUACGUACAGGGCAACUUCUCUUUCCGGGACAGGACGCAUAUUAACUCAACCGCGAGGAGGGCUCUCGGUUCGCGAUACUUUUAUUUCAACUUGAACUCAACGUCGUCGAAGCAGGAUGCCUUUCCUCGGACAGGACUGGAGGUCACCGGGUCAGAGUUGGGUUAAAACGGAGGAGGGAUGGAAGAAAACCACGGCGGACGAGAAGAACAACAACGUCGCCGUGGAGAGCUUCUGCAAAGCCGAGGAGGAGGAGGAUUGUUUCAACAAAGAGAACCUGCUGCUCUCCCUGAACUACGACAUGGCUGCCAAGAAGAGGAAGAAGGACCACAUGAACAACAACGCCAAGGUCCCCUAUUUCCACAGGGAAAAGUGGAUUUAUGUUCAUAAAGGAAGCACCAAGGAGCGCCACGGAUAUUGUACACUGGGAGAGGCCUUCAACCGCUUGGAUUUCUGCAGCGCCAUCAAGGACACGAGGAGAUUUAAUUAUGUCGUUCGACUCCUGGAGCUUAUCGCCAAGUCCCAGCUCCCCUCGCUCAGCGGAGUGGCGCAGAAAAACUACAUGAAUAUUCUGGAGAGGGUGGUACAGAAAGUUCUCAACGACCAGCAGAACAUCCGGCCCAUCAAGGAGCUGCUGCAGAUGCUCUACGUCUCGCUGUGUGGUCUCGUUCAGGACAUGGGCAAGUCUGUCCUGGUGGGGAACAUCAACACCUGGCUGCACCGCAUGGAGAACAUCCUGCAGUGGCACCAGCAGCUGGACAGCAUCCAGAUCAACAGGCCCACAUCGACAAGCAUGACUCUGACCGACCUGCCUAUCAAUCUGCAGUUGAACAUCAUGCAGCGUCUGUCGGAUGGAAGGGACCUGGUCAGCCUGGGCCAGGUGUGCCCCUCCCUGGGGGACCUCGCUGAGGACCGGCUGCUGUGGAAGAGGCUCUGCCAUCACCAUUUCACAGACAGACAGAUCCGAAAGCGCCUGAUGGUCUCCGAUAAAGGUCUCCUGGAGUGGAAGAAGAUGUACUCUAAGCUGAGCCGCUGCUAUCCUCACAGAGAGCAAUACAGUGACACACUGCACUUCUGCACCCACUGCCACAUCCUUUUCUGGAAGGACACAAACCAUCCCUGCACCGCAAACAACCCAGAAAGCUGCACCAUGUCCCUCUCCCCUCAAGACUUCAUCAACCUUUUCAAAUUCUGAUCCCCCCGAUCCCCUUGGGCUGUACAUAUACUGUACAUAGAAAUGUACAUGUAUUUUUUUGUUAAUUGCACAAUCAAUUCCUUGUGUAUUUAGUUGAGGUAUGACUCACAGACAAUGGAGUUUCUUUUGAAGCUCUGGGAGAAUUCCCAGUGUACCGUGAGGGAAUGUGACCGAGGGAAGGAGACGAAGGCUGAGGACGAAGGGAACACUCGGCUGUCAAGAGUUAAGUCUUAGUUUAAUGUGGUUGUUGAAACUAUACUCCAAAGCAAACGCACCUCAUGACCUCUAAAGUAUGCACUUUUUCCCCCACUUUGGGAAUUUGGUUUUAUGUAAUGUUUUGGGUUCUUAUGAUGUUUCCUUUUUUUUCCUCCCAGGAAGAGGGAGGAGAAAAUUCAAACCUGUUUUUGAAAUUGUGUUUUGUUUAAUCUAGGAGCUCACGUGUGGGGGGUGGGGGGGGGGAUGCAACGUGUGAUGUUGAGAUCUAGUUUACAUUAGUAGAGUUCGGCACUGGGAUGGCGAGGCACGACUCUUGGGUUGCUGCAGUACCUAAGAGCAUCUAUGUGAGUCAGUAAUUCGAUCGUUGGACUGAUGAUUCUAUGACGAUGUUGGCACACCAAAAGUUGUUAUUGCUGUUUUUCACUUUUAUAAAGAUUUUAUAUGACUUUUUUUUAUCAUUGUGUUCAUGUUCUGCUGUGGCUGCUAUAGUAACCGCACCGGUGUGCAAUAUUACCAAAGAUUGUAAUGUAACAUAGUCCACAUGACGAUGGCGUGUGCCUUUAUCACAAAACUUGAAACUGGUACAGUUUAAUCCUUGUUUGGAAGGUUUUCCUUUUUGUUUUUUUUCCCAGCAAAACAGUGGUAUUUAAGAGCUGAGGCUCUUAUCCGUUGAGAAUAAUUUUAUUUUCAUCUAGUCUCCUGAUGAUGUAUAAACCCCCAGCGGAUGGUGUUGGCUUAUUAAGGCAAUAUUUGUAUUCCGGUGCAAUUUGACCCAGACUUUAGUCGACCACUGCGCAGUCAGUGAGGAAUGAUGUACAUGCUAUGCAAUGCGUUGUUUAUGUUCUGUUGAAUAAACAAAAGAGAAUAACCAUA